AUGGGUUGCUUCUCGAGAACCCUAAUCUUAGCUUUCGUUUGCUUGUUGGUUACUCUACCUCUUCUUGUCUCAGCCACGGAUGAAGAAAAUGAAUGCGGCAGCUCCAGUGGAAGAAGCUCAGCUGCGGAGAAGGCAACGGUGCUUAAGUACAAGAUCGGAGCCUUCUUCUCCAUCUUACUAGCCGGAAUAUUUGGAGUGUGUUUACCUAUCUUCGGUCUCAAGUCAGAGAGCAACUUCUUUAUGUUUGUCAAGGCAUUCGCCGCAGGAGUAAUCUUAGCAACCGGUUUUGUCCACAUUCUUCCAGAUGCCACGGAGAGUCUCACGAGUCCGUGCCUUGGUGAAGAGCCACCAUGGGGAGAUUUUCCAGUGACGGGACUUGUCGCCAUGGCUGGAGCGAUCUUGACCAUGUUGAUUGAGUCUUUUGCUUCAGGGUAUAUGAACAGGUCUCGGGUGGAGAAUGAGGCUAAGACCUUGCCGGUGAGAAACGAUGGAGAUAAGGAGAUUGGCUCUGCUCAUACUCAUGCCUCGGAAGGACAUUCUCAUGGCUUUUCUCUUGUUCCUCAAGAUGAUCUGAGGAAAAAGAUUGUAACACAGAUACUGGAAUUGGGUAUUGUGGUUCACUCAGUGAUAAUAGGAAUAUCUCUAGGAGUAUCUCCAAGUGUAAGCACUAUAAAGCCUCUCUUGGCAGCAAUCACUUUUCAUCAACUGUUUGAAGGUUUUGGUCUUGGUGGUUGCAUCUCUGAGGCAAAGUUUGAAAUUAAGAAAGUUUGGACUAUGGUGUUGUUUUUCGCACUUACAGCCCCAGCUGGGAUUGGAAUUGGUAUUGGAGUUUCUGAGAUUUACAAUGAGAAUAGUCCAAUGGCACUAAAAGUGUCUGGUUUUCUUAACGCUGUAGCUGCUGGAAUAUUGAUUUACAUGGCUCUUGUUGAUUUGGUAGCUCCACUAUUUCUGAACCACAAAGCUCAGAGUAGUAUGAAAAUACAGUUAGCUUGCAGUGUUUCUCUUAUUUUUGGGGCUGGUUUGAUGUCUCUUAUAGCUGUUUGGGCUUGA